AUGAUGCAAGUACAAGCCGUGUCACAUCCGCCGACGCUCGCGCCGGCCGGGAAGAAGCCGACAAUGGACGAACGAGCGGCUCUUUUCCAGAUCGAGCAGUGCUACUGGUUUUACGAGGACUUUUACGCCGACCACCACGUGCAUUUAACGCACCUCAAGCUCAACGACUUUGCGCGCAAGCUGUUCAACCACUGCAUCCUCCUCCAGCCGCUCAAGGCCCAAUGCGAAAGCAUGUUUCAGGACUUUAAAGCGUACCAGAGCCAGAUCCCGGUCGUCGGCGGCAUCCUUCUCAACCCGGCCAAGACCAAGCUCAUCCUUGUCCGCAACUGGAAAGGCACCUCGUGGAGCUUGCCGCGCGGCAAGGUCAACCAAGGCGAGUCGGACGUCGAGUGCGCCAAGCGCGAAGUCUUUGAAGAGUGCGGGUACGCGCCGCCGCGAGCGCGGUCACGCCCAAGGAUUACAUUGAGUUCACCAUGA